AUUUUAAUGUGACAGUGACAGUGACACAAAAAUAUCUGUAUAAUUUCGAGGUUAUGUGAAACUGAAAAAUACUAAGAUUUUCACAGUAACAACAAUGUCUAUUUUAUUAAGAUCAGUAUCAUCGCAACCAAAGAAAUUACUCGCCAGAUGUUACAAUAAGAUAGUUAUUACUGACGAUGGAUCGACUAUAGUCGCUCUUCAUCGAGAGCAAGAAUUUCCUUAUGAAUACUCUAAACCUUUACCAGAAGAAGUUACGGAUUCGUCCAUUCUGAAAAUGUCGGAUUAUAGUGAAGUGAGAAAAGUAUUCAAAGACAUUAAACCUGAAAUGGCAAGACAACAGCUAGCAUCAUUAACACUUACCACUCCUCAUCGUUGGUUCCCUAGAGCCAGGGACAAGAAAGCCAAAAAAACUGAAAUGAAUAGGCCUUAUCUGUAAUAUGCCUAUUACUAUGAUUAUAUUUUAUAUUAUAUUUAAAUAAAAGUAGUUUGUAAAGCCA